ACAGCGAGGAGACAGAGGUGUCCGAGUGCUAUUCUACUUUUGAACAUCAGUAUUUCGCCUUUAACUUUUACACCAGCGUGUUCCGGACAUUUAAAGAGAGUUGUUCUCUGUCAUAAUCGUCGGUUUGGGCGCAUUUGCAGUCAUACAGCUGAAUGCCUGAGUGAUGGAGAACAGCUCUCACACACUGCCAUCUUCAAUCCCAUGUCCCGCUACUCUUGGAGGGUCUCUGCCAUUCUCCUUCUCACCUCUGCAGUCCUCCUCAAAUGGCUGUGCUUCGCUCCCGCUUUCACCCAUCUCAUUCCCCACGUCUCCAACUUCGCUUUCUCCAUCAACAGCUGACUCUGCUAACUCGUCCUCCCCUCUUUCACACUUCACUUCAUCUCAUUGCUUCGAGGGACAAAACACACAAUGCCUCAGACAGGAAAGCAUAUCUGACCAGGAUGAUCUGACCUGUCUCAGCUGGCUGCAUCAGAGAGGCAACUUGCUUCCCCUGCAGCCCCUUGCCAAAAUGACACUGCCGCCUCAGCAAGAGUCUUGCACACCUACCCAGCCUCCUCCUCCUCCCGCCUCAUCCAAGCCUCCAUACUCUUUCAGCAGCCUGAUUUUCAUGGCAAUAGAAGAUUCUCCAAACAAGAGGCUGCCAGUGAAGGAUAUUUAUGAAUGGAUUGUGAACAAUUUUCCCUACUACAGGACAGCCACUGGAGGCUGGAGGAACUCUGUUAGACACAAUCUCUCCCUGAGCAAGAGUUUUCGUCGCAUUCAAAGGGACAAGAGCCAGUCAGUGGGGAAGGGGUCGUUGUGGUGCGUGUGUCCAGAGUAUCGACCGGCACUCUUGGAGGUCCUGAGGAAGACCCACAGUUAUCACAGCAACAACAGCAAUCUGCUGGAUAAGCCUGAACUGUUGGAAGGAGCUGAGUAUGAGGUGCCUGCAGUGUGUGAUACAAUGGAAAUCUCAGAACCUCUUUCUCAAACCCUGCUCCUCUCCAUGUCCUCCCCCCAUGUCCUCACCACUGAUAACUCAGCUUUCACUGAGAACCUGCCAUGCCCUUUGACCCCAGAUCACGAGGAACUUGUCUCUAUGGAGUCUGCUGAAUACCAGCAGGAGGAGGUUAGUGAAGACAUGGAAAAGGACCCCCUGUCUGACAGCGGGUACAUUGAGUUACAUUAUUACCAGUCUAACCAGUACCAGUACCUGGUGCUGCCUGGCGACACCGAGCUGGACUUGGAGACUGUGGAGAUCCUUCAGCUCGAUGCUGAGGCCCAAGAGGCUGCUGGGUCACUGCUGGACCUGGCAGGUGGUGGAUAUUAGUUCACUGUGAUUGCAAUGCUUCAGUCCAGUGUAAGCAAAUACUCCAAUAAAUCACAAACUUAGAUUUCUGUUGGUUCUAUUUGAGAUGUUGACACUGCCUUAUUAAUUCUGUGUUGUUGUGAAGUUAGAUAGCAAUAAAGAUCUAUAGACAGACUAUCUCAAAACUAUAGAUCACAUUACCCCAAAUGUAUUUAAGCACUUUUCAUGAACAAGCUUAACUUAACACCACCACAACGAACAAUACCAGCUAUGUAUGUAUAAAAUAUUUAAAACUGAGGACAUAAUUAUGAAGUAUUAAUCCAUUCUCUUUUUUUUUUUUUUUUUUUUUUUAUUGUCACAGAUUAAACUCAUUCUCAGGGGUGGAAAGUGUGCUUCCAACUCAAGUAGAUAUACAGUUUUUCAAUU